CUUGUUCUCGACCUCCAUGUGUGAGUUAGUCUCCUUGAUUUCAGCUCAUAUGAUGCCCAAAACUUUAUCUACAUUGUCCGACGGAGGUUUCCUUCGCGCGACGAAAAACAUCACACCUGAACCAUCCUAUAUUGAUCUUCGAGUUUUCGCUGACCACUUUGUCCAGUGCUUUCCUAGUGCAUCAUCUGCCUAUUGUUUUCUCAAUCCCUCACCAUGUACUUCUAUGUAGAAUGAACUUCUAUUUCGAAUGCGCAAAGACCCUCGACCGUCUCGACGCCAAACAAGGCUCUAUCAAGGGCCUCAUUGGCUCUACUCCCGAAAAGGACAGGAAACGCACUGCUGCCCUAGUAAUUGAGACGCUGAAAUUCAGAGCGUCCCUCCUCGAGGUGAUUAAAGCGGCGCAACUGAUGAAGGAAGAACGGAAAAAGUUGACUUCGUUAAAUCUCGCACUGGUCCUCGUCCACGAUCUCCUCCUUGCUGGUGGUAUCCAAGCUGGGGAUGGCCCAAUUAAGCAAGCAGUCCUCCGUCAUAAAGCGCGUUUGAAUGGCGAGCUCCAGAAGUUGAAGGCAAGAAAAGGUGUCCGAUCUAAUGCAGACUUGGGGCAAUCUCCAGAUGCGCGGGCAGCCAAUAUUCCGCGUUAUGUACGCGUCAAUACCAAUGCGUGGUCAUUAGAUACCGCAUUAGAAUAUCUGGCGUCCCAAGGUCAUAUGUUGCAAGAAUCGCUGGAGGGAUCUCACGAGAAGAUCUUCGCAAAAGACGCCCACAUUCCAAACCUUCUUCUCUUCCCGGCACAAACGUCGUUCCUCGAAGACACUGCUUACAAGUCUGGAAAGUUUAUUCUACAAGACAAGGCAUCCUGUUUUCCGGCGGUAGUGCUUUCUCCUCCCAAAAAUGCCCGGGUCAUCGAUGCAACCGCUGCGCCUGGAAAUAAGACAACGCAUCUCAGCGCUCUGAUGGGCAACACUGGCAAGCUGUUUGCGUUCGAGCGUGACCGCAAGCGUUUUGGGACACUUUCUACCAUGCUUUUUCGGGCGCAUUGCAAGAAUGUGGACCCAAUCAAUGCUGAUUUUCUUACUGUUGAUCCUGAAGACCCGAACUACGCUGAAGUUACUCAUAUACUCCUCGACCCGUCAUGCAGUGGUUCCGGUAUUGUCAAUCGAUUAGACUACCUUUUGGAAACGGAAGAGGACAACCCUGACAUGGAAGAAGAUCGACUGCGGAAACUCGCGUCUUUCCAGCUGACGAUGAUUAAACACGCCAUGAAGUUUCCCAAAAUAAGCCACAUCGUUUACUCAACCUGCAGCAUUCACGCGACUGAAAACGAGCAUGUCGUACGAGCCGCUUUGGAGUCGGAUGAAGCUGCGAAUGGUUCAUUUGUUCUGGCCCCACAACGAUAUGUCAUUCCCACUUGGCACCGACGAGGGCUUCCCAAUGAAAUGGGGUCGCCAGACGAUGCUCAAUCUGUCAUCAGGUGUUCACCAGGAGAAGAUGCGACAAACGGCUUUUUUGUGUCAUGUUUUGUCAAGGCGAGCAAGAAGAGAAAGACACGUGAGGAGGAUGACGAGGAGCGAAGUACGACGCGGAAAAAAAAUAAGGAAAAAGAAAGGAAAGAUAGUAACAAGGCCGUCAUAGCAAGCAUAUCAUAUUCAAGGGAGACAUACAAUCUGCACCUGAGCCUGCUCACGUCGACUUGGCUUUGUGAAUGGUUUUGCGAACGAGAUCCCUCCGCGCCUUCUUGGCCAGCAUCACACCAAAGCGCUCAAAGUCGUUGA